UUGACGUGGAGUAUUUCCGCCCUGCGAUGAAGCUGAGAAGGAUUUGCUGCAAACACGUUAGCUAAGUUUUCAGGUAGACUGGAGACUGGGGGGUUAAAAACCGACAGACCCAGUCUUAAAGAGACUGAUCAUUGUAUCGUCGCUCCCUUCACAUUGUUGUGAAACCAUGAUUAAAGCCAUACUAAUAUUUAACAACCAUGGCAAACCCCGGCUCUCCAAAUUCUACGAGCAUUAUAGCGAAGAUACAGAGCAGCAGAUCAUCCGAGAAACGUUUCACUUGGUGUCGAAGAGGGACGAGAACGUCUGCAACUUCCUGGAGGGCGGAAUGUUGAUCGGAGGGUCUGACAACAAGCUAAUCUACAGACACUAUGCCACAUUGUACUUUGUGUUCUGUGUGGACUCCUCAGAAAGUGAGCUAGGCAUUUUAGAUUUAAUCCAGGUAUUUGUGGAAACGCUGGACAAAUGCUUCGAGAAUGUUUGUGAACUGGACUUAAUUUUCCAUGUGGAUAAGGUCCACAACAUACUGGCAGAGAUGGUGAUGGGAGGGAUGGUGCUGGAGACGAACAUGAACGAGAUCAUCACACAAGUCGACGCCCAGAACAAGAUGGAGAAGUCUGAGGCCGGCAUUGCGGGGGCGCCGGCCCGGGCCGUGUCGGCCGUCAAGAACAUGAACCUCCCGGAGAUCCCCCGAAACAUCAACAUCGGAGACAUCAGCAUAAAAGUGCCAAAUCUACCCUCCUUCAAAUAGUG